AUGAAAAAACAAGAAUUGGGAAAAUGGAAAACAGAAGACGGGAAACGUAAAUGGAAAAGAAAAAAAACGAAAAGGAAAAGUCAAAGGGAGAAAAAAAAGAAAAUGAAAGAGAAAAAAAAAGAAAAUGAAAGAGAAAAAAAAGAAAAACAACAAGAAAAAGAAAAAGUAAAAGAAAAAGAAAAGGAAAACAUAGAGAAAAAAUUAAAAGAAAACGAAAAAGAA